GUGCCCUGUCACUCCGCGGCCGCUGCCCGGGCUGUCACGGCGCUCGGUGCCGGCGCGCGUUCGCCGCUGCGGGCAGGGAGAACGCGGGGCGCUCGAGUUGGGGAUGCGAGCGGCCGGGAGUUACUCUGGGCUCGCUCACAAACGAGGACGGAGGGGAUUCGGGAGUUUCCCCGCAGGGACCGAGAGGGGAACAGAGCGGGGAGGCGCGGGAGCGACGGGGCUGGGCUCCGCCGGGACCCUCCCCCGCUCCGGUGCCGCGUCCCCCGCGCGGAGUGGGGACGGGCGGCGGGACGGGCGCGCGCGGGCGGUGACGUCACGGCCCCGCUCUGCCGGCCGCGCUGCCCCCGGGGCCGGGGCUCCGCGGCGCGGAGGCUGCUUGGCGCCGCCUCUUCCCCUCCCUCCCCGCCGGCCUCUUCUCUCCCUCCCCGCGGUGCCCCAUGUUCGGGCUGGAGAAGCCGGCGGGGCCGCAGAAGCUGGGCAGGAGCGGUGGGUUCCCGAACAUGGCGUCCGUGGGGGAUUUUAACGUGCUAAGCUCCAGCAUCCCGGCCACCAAGGUGGAGCUCUCCGUGUCCUGCAGAAAUCUUCUGGACAGAGAUACGUUUUCUAAAUCUGAUCCAAUAUGUGUUUUGUACACACAAGCCAUUGGAAACAAAGAAUGGAGAGAGUUUGGAAGAACUGAAGUAAUUGAUAACACUUUAAAUCCAGAUUUCGUAAGAAAAUUUAUAAUGGACUACUUCUUUGAAGAAAGAGAGAAUCUGCGAUUUGAUUUCUAUGAUGUUGACUCAAAGAGUCCUAACCUAUCAAAACAUGAUUUUUUGGGACAAAUGUUUUGUACACUGGGAGAAAUAGUUGGAUCACAAGGGAGCAGACUGGAAAAAACAAUUGUGGGAAUUCCUGGAAAGAAAUGUGGAACGGUCAUAGUAACAGCAGAGGAACUGGGCUGUUGCCGAGAUUCAGUUUUAAUGCAAUUUUGUGCGAACAAACUAGACAAGAAGGACUUCUUUGGGAAAUCUGAUCCUUUCCUUGUAUUUCAUCGAAGUAAUGAAGAUGGCAGUUUUACAAUCUGCCACAAAACAGAAGUCGUAAAAAAUACGUUAAAUCCAGUGUGGCAGGCAUUCAAGAUUUCUGUCAGAGCACUGUGUAAUGGAGACUAUGACCGGACAAUUAAAGUAGAAGUAUAUGAUUGGGAUAGAGAUGGAAGCCAUGAUUUCAUCGGAGAAUUCACAACAAGUUACAGAGAGUUGUCGAGAGGGCAGUCUCAGUUCAAUGUAUAUGAGGUAAUAAAUCCAAAGAAAAAAGGAAAAAAGAAAAAGUAUGUUAAUUCUGGAACAGUAACAUUGCUUUCCUUCCUAAUUGAAACAGAAGUUUCAUUCCUUGACUAUAUUAAAGGCGGAACCCAAAUAAAUUUCACAGUAGCUAUUGAUUUCACAGCCUCAAAUGGUAACCCUUCACAGCCUACUUCGCUGCACUACAUGAAUCCCUACCAGCUGAAUGCUUAUGGCAUGGCACUGAGAGCAGUAGGUGAAAUAAUUCAGGACUAUGAUAGUGAUAAAAUGUUCCCAGCUCUAGGUUUUGGAGCUAGACUGCCUCCGGAUGGAAGAGUAUCACAUGAAUUUGCACUGAAUGGAAAUCCACAAAAUCCAUACUGCCAUGGAAUUGAUGGUGUAAUGGAGGCAUAUUACAGGAGUCUAAAAUCUGUACAGCUUUAUGGACCAACGAACUUUGCCCCUGUAAUUAAUCAUGUAGCCAGAUACGCUGCUUCAGUAAAAGAUGGCUCCCAGUAUUUUGUUCUUCUCAUUAUUACUGAUGGAGUUAUUUCCGAUAUGGCUCAGACGAAAGAAUCCAUAGUGAAUGCUUCAAAACUUCCGAUGUCAAUAAUUAUAGUAGGUGUAGGACCAGCAGAGUUUGAUGCUAUGGAAGAACUGGAUGGUGAUGUAGUGAGGAUUUCUUCAAGAGGAAAGUUUGCAGAAAGAGACAUUGUGCAGGUCCCUUCCAAGCAAACCGUUCUGUGAUCUGUGUUUGUGACUGAACCAAGCCUUAAGAGUGCUACUGUCAUCUGGAUUCCACAGACUCCUCCAUUUCUCUGCCUAAGUUUUCUGGUUCUGUUCCUGCUCUCUACAGUCAUUCAGUCAGCCCAGUAGUUGUCAUUUAAACCCAUACAAACACUAGCAGGGUGCUACAGCAGUUCUGCGUGCACAUACACACCCACCAUAAUCCCCCUUCCCCUCAGACCUGCAGAUUUCUGCAGCUCCGCAGACUGUCCAGACUACGUACUUCAUCCAUGUUCCAGACACCCUAUUUUGCCUCUUGAUUAUCUGCCCUCCUGAACAGACUUAAUUUCAUUAUUAGUCUCUUGAUCAUUAACUAGCUGUGCAUUUUUUUCAUUGAAUACUAAAGUGCACAUCAACAUUUUCUAACCGAGGGUAGGAAAAUGUCUAUAUUUGAACAUGCAUCCACUUGCACUGAGUGAAGCAAUCAAGUUGAGCCUUGUAUCAUUGUGACAGGUUAGAACGUGGUUUCUGUCUCUUUGUCUCUACUCUCUCACACUUAGUUCCCAAGCUAUAGGGUUCGUCCUGGGCUUUUUUUGUCAGACGUUGUAUAUCAGUGUUGUUCAACAGAGCAAUAUGUGGAGAUCUGCCUCCAGAGCUGGGAGUGUUUCUGGAGUCCAAACUAGUAUUCCUGCAAAAAGCCCUGUGCCAUCUCAGACUUUUUUAAAGCUAACUCAGGUAUCUCUGGUGUGCAUUUGUUACAUUUAAUAAUGAUACAUAAUUUCUGCAAGCAACAGCAACUCCAAAGAGUAUAAAUGGAUAGAAUUCCUCAAAUAUUAUAAACAAGAUUUUUGGAAAUGCUUUGCACCAGAAAUAUUCUAAUUUCUGCUGAGAAAUAACAAAAUAAUAUGCAUUGAAUACUCUUUUGUAUUUCUUUAGAAUUCAUUGCAUAUUAGAAAUGUAAUAAGAAAUACUUAUUUACUAUUAACAUAUUUCAGUCAGAACUUAUCCCCAAGCUGAAUUACCUGAAGGCAGUAUUAUUCUGUGCUCUUUUCUGUCUGAAUACUAACAGAUACAUUAUACGCUAGCUAAAAAAAAAUAAAAAUGGAUGAUGUCAAACCCUUUAGGUUUGGUAUUACCCCAUUUUAUAUCUGGCAAGAUAAAACUGAUUUACUUUUUAUAAUGAACCACCGUAAUAUUAAAAGUUUAUUUUUUGUGUGCAUUAGGUUAGUUAAAAAUAGCUAGUGAAAUUGUUAAUUCUAGCAGUCAAUGUUGUAAAAUAUUUUCAUAGAAUUAUUAAAGGUAAAAAUUUGCCUGCUAACAGUGAGUCGCUGUAUCUAUUGUAUUUAGUGCUGAUUGCAAUUAAUGUAAAGACAUGAUCUUUAUUCCCUCCUUGCUAGCAAACGUGUCUUGUAGGGACUCUGUAUGCUUAUUACAUGUGUACCAAUUUUUCCUCAGUUUAUUUCACUUUUGGUCCUUUGUUACCUUUUUUCUAUUUAAGAUGUUUUAGGAAAAUACUUAUUCAUAGUAGUGUGUGUAUUGUUUCUCUCAAAGUUUUGUAUAUUAGCCUUUAAAUUAAACACCCCAACUGUAGAAAAAGCACUGUACGUUCUAUCAUUUUCCCUUUGGUUUCUCUUACGUCCUUCAUUCUGUUUCUCUGCCACCUCUACUUAUACAUGUUAGCUGUAGGCUUUGCUGUCAUUGCCAGUUGCCCUUGUAUAUCCGUACACAUAUCUGUGUGCUUAUCUGUCCAUAGUGCCUCCAGAUCCUCCAACAUCUAUACAGCAUAAGAAGAGGAGAGGGAGAACUAUUUCAGGCCAACUCUAUUGUAUAAUUGCAUUUCAACAAUUACAGUGUUGAAAUAGCCUCCCUUUGCUGCAGAACAGUGAUCUGAGUUUUCUUCUCUGCAGAAGAGUUAAAGUGAUCUCUUAGGAUGGGACUCAUUUUGUUUUUUAACUCAGAUCGCAUGUGCUUUUUACAUAAGACUGACAUUGCGUUAGAAAAUGAACAACCACAUCAGGUGGAAAUAAACAGCAAGCUUAUCCUUUCCCAGCUGAGUGUAAACCAGCAGGCAACAGAGAGGCUUGUUUUGUUCUGUCAUUCUUCUAACUUCAUGCUUCUGGGGACAGUGAGAUAUAUUCCUACAGAAAAGCUGGAGUUUAAGAAGAAGCAAUCACUUGAAAUAGGGCAGUGCUGGACUGGCUUCUGAAAACCGUGAGAGCUUUUUAUGAAAUGGAGGAAUCAGUACUAGUAACUGUCACAGUAUGUGCUUGUCUCUUGUAUUGAAGAGUCAGUGAAUCAACACAGAAAUAGUUAAGGCAGCUAAUUACAGAACUGCAGACACCUUGCUUCCUGGCUUCAUACCCUAACAUCCAUUUCCUUUUUGCCUGUUGUUCUCCUGCCCUUAUGCCUUAUACAUUCUUGGGAACAACACAAUGAAAAAGUAAAGGAUGCUUCUGUCUGCAAUAAAGGCUACUCUCAUUGAAUAGUCUUGCUGACUACUCUUAUA